CAGGUUCAUGCUAUUGGCCACGUGCCCCACCUGAGACUUGCAGAACUUGCCGCUUCGUCCCGUUCUGGUACUAACAUGGAAGGUGGCGACGGGACUGGUGGGAGCACACCAAAUGCUCCUCGUCUAGCAUUGCAAGCUCUCGUGAUCAGUGUCCACGAGGGAAGAAAUGGUGAAAAUGGCACAGAUGGAGAGAGGAGGGCAGACGAGGACGAGCGGGCGGCACGCGUUCAACCAAUCGCCGUGCGCGUUUUCUCGUCUUCCUUUUUUUUUGGGUCUGAGACGAACAGGUAACGUCAAGCCAAGGCCUUGCGACGCUUCUCUCCUCCCUCCUCCAAUUUAGAGAUGAGCGGGCUACCGGGUGCUUCGUCUUCGGGGUCGCAAGGAUCGCCAUCAUCUCUCUCUUCUUCUUCUUCCUCCUCUUCUUCUUUCUCUUCGUCUUCUUCUUCUUCCUCCUCCUCCCCCUCUUCUCCCUCUUCUUCCCCAGAAUCAGCUCCUUCCACAGAAGCGCCAGCGCCAGCCUCAUCAAGCGCGAGCACGUCGGAUAACGCCGAUGCGAACGCCUGCCAUCAGCAAGGAACGUCCUCGCUUGACAAGGGGCCUGUGACGUCAACCUCUGCCCCUACAAGUGCCUCGUCGCGCCUGUGGUCCUCCUGGAUUUCGCCUUCGUCUUCUGCUUCCAAUGCGGCCUCAUCUGCACUGGAAGAGCGCAAGAAGCGUCGUCCGACCUUUGAGGAUUUUCGAGCUCAGGAGCCACCACAAGCCCGAUUGAUUCGGCUGCGAGGCUUAUUUGACGUCUUGCUCGACAAAGACGAUGAGUCGGCCCUGGCGGGCGGCAGAGCAAAGGAGGAAUGGACCAGGAGCGCGAUGCGCGCUCGAUACGGCGCCGGAGGCGUGUAUGCGAGAGGUUCGCUGGCAAAGAAAGGAAGCAGCGAGGUAAAUCCCGACAUCUUCUCAUCUCAGACGACCACCUCGCAGCUGCAAUCGUUGCCCUCGGCCACGACACCCAGCAGCAGCGGCGGCGGCGGCGGCGGUGGUGGUGGUGGUAGUGGCACCGCGCCCACUCCAAGCCCGCCGAGACAAUCGUACGCCAAGGAGCUUUUGGCUCAGUGUCGGGAAUGUCGUGCUGAGCUCGAACGGGAAAGGGCAAAGGUGGAGGCGAAGGAGAGGAAGCUGGCCGAGAGGGAAGCAGGAGCGAAUUCGAGCGGAUCAGAGUGGUGGAACCUGGCUCGAUACUAUCAUAGAUUCGGAGGCAGCGAAGAUAAGGAGCCGGCCUCUGGCCUCAAGGCAACACUGGUCGAUCUCAUUAGCCUAGGGACAGGCUCGGAAGAAAGCAAAGAAGAGGAGUCACCUUCCUCUCUGUUAUCGUCCGUCACAUCACUCUUCUCGUCGGCAUCACCACCUUCCUCAACGACAGAUCUGCAUUCGGAUCACGAGGGCGAAGCAGGCUGGAUCGGUUCCGGCGUUUGGGGUCUGUCUGCCGUGGGUCAAAAGCAGAGGCAGGCCGAUAGGGAAAGAGAUGAAAAGGUGGGCAAAGGUCACGUUGUAGAAGAUGAUGGAGGACGAAGACAGAGACAGAUUGAGUGGGAAGGCUUUCUGCGGUAUGCCGAGCAAAAGGAGCGAGAGCUAUACAAGAUCUUUGUCGAGCUGGACAGAAAUGGCGACAUGCGCCUCGACGUCAGCGAGAUCAAUACGGCUCUCGAUCGAGCGGGCAUCGGGCUGCAUCGAGCUGCGUUGGAGGACUUCAUCGCCAGUCUAGCUUCAUCUUCGAAACAUCAAGGCGAAUAUCCGUCGUCAAUCACCUUUCCUCAAUUUCGCGACUAUUUGCUGCUCUUGCCUCGGAAGCCUUCCGUCAAUGAGAUCUACCGAUUUUAUCAGGUACGAAAAGCAUUUGGCCUCUUUGGGUCUCAGGGCAUCUUUGCGGAAUUCAGCGAGUCAUGGGGCAAAUCUGAGCGCCAUGGUGCGACUGCUGUGAGCUUCGACGGCGAAGUUAGCCUGGCUGGCGAGGAAAAGAAGAAGAAAAGUCCGAUUGCACCAACGACGAUGACAGCAGCAGCGACCACUACGACGAGGAACGAGCCAAAUGCAUCUGAUGAUGCAGUGACGCCGGCAAAGACGCAACAGCAGGCAAGCCAAGCGCCGGAAGAGCACGAAGAACUGGAGGGAGAGGGGGAGGAAGAGGAGGACUCAGACAUGAUCCAUGGCGAUGUGGCCAUCAAAUUCCUUCUCGCUGGAGGAAUUGCCGGCGCGGUCUCUCGGACGGCAACAGCGCCCUUUGAUCGGCUGAAGAUUUACCUCAUCACCAGUGCACAGAUGCCCGCCACUCAGCAGGUCUCGGCGUCGAUGGCCAAAACUCCGGUCGAGGCAUCGACAAAGCUUGCUUCACGGGGUGCCGGUAUGCUCGGGCAAGCCAUCUUUGCACUCUACAAGGAGGGCGGCGGCCUCAAGGCCUUUUGGAUCGGCAACGGUCUCAACUGCCUCAAGAUCUUUCCUGAAUCCGCUAUCAAGUUUCUGUCGUAUGAGAUGUCGAAGCGCGCGUUUGCGAAGUACGUCGAUGGCGUCUCGGACUCUCGCGACAUUUCAGGUUCGAGCAGAUUCAUGUCCGGUGGCAUCGGAGGUAUUACGAGCCAGCUAGCCAUUUAUCCCAUCGAGACGCUCAAGACUCGUUUGAUGUCGUCGCAGGGCGGCCAAAAGCAAGGUAAUCAACUCCUUGUUGCAACCGCCAGAGAUAUGUGGCGAAACGGCGGGAUGAGGACUUACUACCGAGGCUUGACCGCCGGCCUGGUGGGCGUCUUCCCGUACUCUGCCAUCGACAUGUCGACCUUUGAGGGCAUCAAGCUCUUUUGGAUCAAGUACACCGGUCGAGAGGAGCCCAGCGUACUGGCUCUGCUCGCUUUCGGAAGCAUCAGCGGGAGCGUGGGCGCCACUACUGUGUAUCCUUUGAACCUGGUCCGGACACGACUGCAAGCAGCCGGCACACCCGCCCACCCGCAAACUUACACAGGCUUCGCCGACGCAUUUCGCAAGACGUACAGUCACGAGGGCGUCGUCGGCUUUUACCGUGGCCUAGUUCCCACUUUAGCCAAGGUGGUGCCAGCCGUGUCAAUUUCUUAUGUCGUUUACGAGCGUUCAAAGCGCCACCUCGGAGUACAGUAGCUUCGCUUCCUUUGCAUUCGCCUUUUCGGGACAUUCCUCUCUCAACUCACACAAAUGUCUUUGCCUUGUUAUUUCAAUUGAUGCUCCUUUUCACC